AGUAGGCCAUGAAUGCAUCCCAGCAAGAUCUUAUUAUUAGCUGGGAGGCAAAGCCAUGUGAACCCUUGUGUUGAAUGUCCAGAGAUGGACCCUAUUCAGAGACUUCUCUUCACCACCAACUCCAUUUGAGAAGACUGUCCGUUCAGAGUUUUCUUCCUCUAUAUAUAUUCCACUCAUCCUACAAAUAUGGCAUCCCACUGCCAGAGUUUUCUUAUCGUAAGACAUCUUAGAGAACAAUUUUCCUUACCAUUACUUUUCUGAAUUCAUACAAUCAUGGGCUUUCGAUUGCCUGGGAUCGUUAACGCUAAGCAGAUCCUACAGCGAGUGCGGAUGGGUGGAGAGAUAAAAAAUGUACCAAAAGGUUAUUUUGCUGUCUAUGUGGGAGAAGACCAGAAGAAGCGAUUUCUGGUGCCGGUUUCUUACUUGAAGGAUCCUUCAUUUCAGAACUUAUUGAGUCAGGCAGAGGAAGAGUUCGGGUUUGAUCAUCCAAGGGGAGGCCUCACAAUCCCAUGCACAGAAGAAGCCUUCAUUGAUGUCACUUGUAGUUUGAAUUGCUGAUGAAAGCAGAGGAUCUCUAACAACAUUGAUCUGUGAGCCAGUGUCCCAAAUUUUGAAUUAAGAGGACUUGGUUGUUUCAUUUCCACUCAUUGUAAUCUAUAAAUUUUUGUAUAGACAAAGCUGAGAGUCAGAUCUCUCCAUACAAAACAUUCAAAUAGAAUCUCUUCUGUUUCUUCUUUCUUAUGAAA